UCGGACUAAGAUGGCAGCGCCCAUAGAGCGGUAAAGUGGGCGGGCGGCGAUGGAAAAAAGCCGGCGUCGAUGGCUGAUUUCAAGCGCUGGAAGGAGCAGCGGCUGUCGCGCGCGGACGGGAGCCGGAAGGGCAGCGUGGACGAGCCCAUUGCGGGGAUCGUGCGGCUUCUCAAUGAGCGCGACAGCUUCUGCACCACCAGCUCGUGCUCGGGGCGCGUGGUUGUGCUGGAGCAGCCGCCCCUUCUUCCCCGCGCCGAGGCUACCACCGGCUUUGAGAUACAGAAGCAGAAUUGCACCUGGCUCAUGGUGACCCAUCAAAUAUGUACAAUCGAAAACGUGCUCACAGCCUUACAGAAAGCGACAGAUGAUGCCAUAUUCAAAUUUGAACCAUUUGUGCUUCAUGUGCAGUGUCAAGACCUUCAAGAUGCACAACUUCUGCACAAAGUGGCUAUAGAAGCCGGAUUCCGGAACUCUGGCAUAACUGUUGGCCGAAAAGGAAAAAUUAUGAUGGCUGUCCGAAGCACCCAUUGCUUAGAAGUGCCACUAAGCAGGAAAGGAAAACUGAUGGUCAGUGAAGAAUACGUUGACUUUGUGGUUCAAGUUGCUAAUCAGAAGAUGGAAGAAAAUUGGAAGAGAAUUGACAGGUUUUAUAGCUCUCUCCAGCUUGCUUUGGAAAGCAGAGACCAUUCCAGUAGCUCACCUCUUGAGGAGAAAGAAGAGAACAAAGACGAGAACAAUACUAUGUACUCCUACAGAAGAAAAAUAAAGUCUAAAGGAACUGAAAUGGAUGGUGAAUGUACUUCUCCUGGGAAAAACAGAGGCUUAGAAAGUGAAGAUGAGACAGAAAACAGUAUUGGUGUUUUUCACUAAAAUAUGCUACAGAUAAUUGUGUGAAGUAGAUAUAUACCCACAUUAUGUUUGUAUAAUGUUUAUGUUGUUUUGCUCUUUGUGAGAGCUUAGCCGAUAGAUUACUGUGCUCUAUAAAGUAGAUAUCUAAAGUAGAUUACUAUGGAUAUUAAGUUACCAGCAAAGUACUGUAAUAGAAUGCCACAAAAUGUUGAUGAACAUGUGGAAAUGGCAUUUUUAAUAGUGGAGGUAAAACUUGUUCUUCAAGCAAUAUUGUUUUACACAAAAUAUGCAAUAUUCCAAACUACCUAAUUCCAAACUACCACCAUCGUUGUGCUCUGAUAUUUGCUAUUCCAGUUUUGAAAACCCAGUCUGAAAGUUCUGUUGUUAAAUAUAUAUAUCGUCUUCACUUAGUAGAGAUAAUUGAGACCACAAGGGCCCUUCUGAGAGGAAAAGCUUUCAAAUGUUUGCGAGAUGAAAAUAAGUGUGAAACAAAUUCAUCAUAGCUGCCAAGUUUUCCCUUUUCUCACGAGGAAGCCUAUUCAGCAUAAGGGAAUUUCCCUUAAAAAAAGGGAGAACUUGGCAACUAUGAAAUUCAUCCUACUGAAAUAAAUGGUUGUCACAAGCAUUAAUCUUUGCCAUGUCAGUCAUUUGUAAACCUUUCACUCCUUCCUACUCCAGACGAGUAAACAAAAUCAAAUUAUAAAAGAAUUAGGCAGUGAUAUUUCCAUUUGGAAAUCACAUUUUUCUUCAUCUUUUAGUGGGGUUUGCAUAAUAGAGUCUCAUUUGUACAAGGAGUUUUGCUUGUGCAAUGGAGCUUCUCCUCCAACAUGACCACUGAUCUUUUCUGAAGCAUCUGGUGGGAGGCAAGGAGAAAAAAUGUUUAACUUAAUUUAUUUAUAUUCAAGGCUGCUUACAGCAUUUAAAAACAGCAAUUAUAAAAUAAUGGAUAAUAAAAACAAAGUAGUUAAAAACAAUGACUAGAAUACACCACAACAUAUCUAAA